AUGAGUACUGCAAGCUGGCUCAAAAUUCCUUCGGGAUCCCACUUCUCACUGGCAAAUAUACCAUUCGGUAUUAUCACGACGCCUGCAUCAGCUGAACCUCACGGUGCCAUCGCCAUUGGAGACCACGUUCUUGAUCUAUACACCUUCGCGAUUAACAUCGGAGGAUAUCUCCAAGAUGUCUUUGCACUUGACACACCUGUCUCUCAAGUCCUCAAGGACAACAAUAUUGUGAAAGAGGCUGCAUUGUUCCACAAGAAGGACGUCAAAGUCUAUAUUCCCAUGAGUAUCGCGGGGUAUUCAGAUUUCUUUGCCGGAAGAAACCACGCCUACAACUGCGGCUGUAUCUUCCGCGACCCCCAAAAGGCGCUCCAAACCACCUCCACCUCCCUACGACCUCUGGGCCAAUUCUUGGCAAACAAAACGGAUACUGCCCCCCAGUUUGGGGCAUGCAGGAGACUUGAUAUCGAGCUCGAACUGGGAGCACUUUUGUGCAAGGGCAAUGAAAUGGGUGAACUGAUCCCAGUUGAUAAGGCCGAAGAGUAUAUCUUCGGCUUUGUUAUCUUGAACGACUGGUCAGCGAGAGAUAUUUAG